AUGACCGCAGCUCGCAGCGGAAAGAGAAAGGUUGGGCGUAGAGCCUGUAUGCUUUGCAAGCUCAAGAAGCUUAAAUGUGAUGGAAACUACCCAUGCGGCAGGUGUGCCAAAUCAGGGGUGCCAAGUGAAUGUGGGUACGAGGCGGACAGACGAAAAUGUCGGGCCUAUGGAAGUGAUGGUACGAAAGCUUAUGUUUUCAAAAGUUCGCCAUUCAGCAGCCAACACCCCUCUGAAGGUAGUUUCAAAAAUGAAGCCACUGUUCAUCAUCUAUCUGAGCACAAAAUUGAGACCAGCCCCGAUCCCUUGAUCAAAAGCAUUCAGGACGCUACCUUAUCAUUCAAUGAAAGAAAAGAUUCUGAAUAUGAUAUGUGGAAUUUUAAACCUAUGGUUUUUAAUUUCAACAAUUUUAACUUGCAGGAUGUUGGCUUUGACGAUUUUUUGCGUGUGUUUGAUGAUGUUGACCCAUUCAGUACAGAAGACGGGAGUGAUCAAUUUCCGUUUGCGGAACCCGCUGAAUUACCACUCGGCGCACCUUUUGGAAAUGAUAAUAAGGAAUCUCGAUUGGAAAGAAGCGACCUAAUUGAAAUUCUCUUCCAAAGCGACUACCAUGCACCUCCAGGAAUAUCGAAGGACCACCUUCUAGACUUGGAGAGGAGACACGAGGAUCUACAAGAUGAUUCCGCUGAUAGUAAUGAUAUUUUUUUGCUCUCGACCACUUUAUGCUUAGGUGCUCUGACUUCACAUAAACGAGAGUUAUUGCGUACACGAAGCGAAGGGUUUGUAUCAAGAAGCUCGAUUCCCGACAGAGCAGCGCGCGCUUUUAACUAUUACACAAUUGCUAAAAACUUGAUUCCGGAUGUUCUAUUGCAUUCUAGUAUUGAUGGUUUUUGUGGACUUGUACUAAUGGCCAAUUUCAUGACAAUGAUGGUGUCCCUUGAGGAGCAAUUUUAUCUGAGUGCAAAUGCUUUGCAGAUUGCAGUAACCCUUAGACUACAUGAGCGAGAAAAGUUCAACGAACUAGUGAAGAUAAACAGUCACAACAUUGGUUUGUUCUUUCUAUUUUGGAAUAUUUGGUGUUCAUCCUGCAUGCUGGGAUCAUUUUUAGGAGUGAAGCCAACUCUUCCGCUAGCAGACAUAGGCAUACCCCUCCCUUUUGAUAUGGCCGUGACAGGAAAAAUUAGUUCUCUUUCAUUGAAGUUCAUGCAGCUUAGAAUCCAAAUAGCGUCUCUUCUUACCAAGAUAUCCAGGUAUUAUAUUGAAGACCAUAUGACAACGGCCACAUUUAUGGGGCUUGAAGAAGAAUUACAUGACAUUUCAAAUCAGGUUGCUAAAUUAAAAUGUUUACCUAUACUGGAUGAGCACACAUAUCACCGAAGCCGCCUUCUUAUUUUAGAACUAGCAUCUAUGGAAUCUCAAGUGGCGCUUUUGCUGUACCGCUCUAACCUACUCUGUAAACGAUCUUUUGAAGCUGUUCAUACAGCAAAGAAAAUAGUGUACGAGAUUUGGAGUCAUUAUUCAAAGCAGUUUGAGAAAAAUGAAAGAGACCUAAUAAACCAUUUAGAUUGGAAUUUUUCCUACCCGUUACGUACAGCUUUCCUCACGCUGUGGAUUGCGUGUAUUGUGCUACGCAAAUACCAACGGCUUUUAAGCUUCUUACAAGAUGACAACCUAACAGAGUACACACUGGCCAUAGAGGUACUCCAAGACUUAGUCAAGUUGCUACCAGUUCACCAGAAUCUUUUAAACCUUAUAACUUCCCUGGGCGAGGCAGGGAAGCCGCAUUCUUCGGGGCCCGAUCGAUCAUCGCACUUCUGGAUGUCUUUAUUGACCGAACCUUAG